AUGCCCUUCGGGAAGAGCAUUCUAGACGAGCCGGUCGAUAAUUCGAAUAUGCAGAUCGAUCAGGCGCGAGAGGAAAAGCCAAUGGAGAGGCGCCACGAUGAAGAUGACAGCGCAGCAGAGAAAAUGCACGUGGCCUCCCGUGAUUGGCUGGCUCUUGUUUUUGGGAGUGUGGGCACUUCCAAUACCCCUGCUACCAUUGCACUGAAUCCUCACACACCGAAAAACGUUAACAUCACCACGGCUAAAAGUAGCGACGUGGAUUCGGUUCAUUCCCGUCGUCAAUGCUAUCGUACCUUCGGCUCAAAUAUCAGCCUGGUCGUUCAUUUGCGAACCCAUCGCAUGAACACUGGCGAAUCAGUGUAGGUAUGUAUGUAGUGGAAGGAUUAGAGGCAGAGCCCUUGAUUACCCUGUUUAUGCUUAAUGAUUUCGCAUAUUCGCACUCAAAAUAAGCUUGCUAAUAUCUAGAAUACGGUCGGUUCACAACACAUUAAUAAUCAGUCAGUCAGUCAGUGCAUUUGAGGGAACUAGGCUCACGCCUUUGAACUCCCUAUUUGUGCAUAAAAAAUCGAUAAAUAGGCAAAAAUGUGAAAAAUUUACAGCAUUAAGUGAAUGCAGACAUUGAUUCACAUAUGUCACUGGUCUCAUGACUAAAAAGUUAUAUGGUACGCUUGUUACUGCAGCACAUAUCUGUCAGGCCGACACUUAAAUGUCUCCACAGAUUGAGACAUGACAGUCUUCUCGGGCGGGUUAUUCCAUGGUUCCCCGACAAGGUUGGAGAAGAAACAUUUGCUCACAUUUAAUCUACCCUAGGGCACACGUAGCUUGAAGGGAUGUCCCCGGAGGUUAGUUGUAGUGACGAGUUGGAAAUAGUCAGCGCACCGAAGGGCGCAGUCUAAGCCACGCACUAUACGGAAGGUUUUUAUCAGGUCUCCGUGCAGCUGCCUAUAACUCAGAGGAUAGAGAUUAAGGCUAGUUAAGCGGAUCUCGUAUGGCAGUGCACUUUGACCUCUUAUUAGUUUUGUUGCUCGUCUCUGCACCCUUUCGAGCAUAUUGUAAUCCUGAUGCGUCCACAGUCUCCAGGCCUGAAUUGCAUAUGCAAGAUGCGGCCUUACAACCAUCCCGAGGACUUUGGAGAAGCAGUCUUUAUCGAAUACUGCGAUUGCCCGCUUAAUGUCUUAUAGCAUUGAAGUUUCGGCCUUGGCAGCCUUACAGCAUUGUGUAGAAGGCUGUCGGCUGUCUGCAACCCAAACUCUGAGAUCCUUUUGCGUUUCUGCUUUUUGAAGUGGCAUUCCGUUCAAGUGAUAUUGCCGCGUACAAGGGGUCUGAUUUCCGAGGCGCAGUAUGGCAUAUUGGUUCAAAUUGAAGGACAACAGCCAUCUGCGGAACAACUCGUCCAAUCGACAAAGAUUUUCUUGGAAGUUGGUCUCAUCGGCAGCAUUCUGGAUAACUUUUCAGAUUUUUAUGUCAUCCGCAAACAUGGCACUAUCACAGUCCAACCCACCUACACAAUCAUUGAUGAACAGGAGAAAGAGGGUUGGUCCGAGCUUCGAGCCUUGUGGGACUCCACUCUCUAUGAAUGUGGUGUACCCCAGGGCUCCGUCUUAGGGCCGUUGUUAUUCCUGGUUUACAUUAACGACUGCGUCGACGACCUGGGAUGCAGCGCCAUCAUGUUUGCUGACGAUGUUAAGCUGUGGAGACCCAUCAGAUCUGAUGCAGACAGGUACGCGCUUCAAGACAGUCUCAACCGCCUAAGCAGUUGGUCAGCUCGCUGGCUCCUCAAUUUUAAUGUGGACAAAUGUGUAGUCCUGAGACUCCGCGCCAGACAGACCAGUAAGGAGGACGAUUCCUUUCAAUAUGUCCUUGGUGGUCAGUCCCUUUCAAAUGUUGUGGAACAGAAAGACCUGGGAGUCCUAAUGACCUCCUCGUUGAAACCAUCUUCACAGUGUCAAAGGGCAGCCAAAAGUGCGAUAAGGGUGUUAUUUGCGCUGAGGCGAGGAUUUGUGCAGAUCGACAAGGAGCUGUUCGGAAAAACCUAUGGGGCAUUCGUCCGGUCUCAUUUAGAGUAUGCAGUCCAGGCCUGGCGACCGUGGUUAAAGAAAGAUUAUCAACGACUGGAAAGAGUACAGGCGAUGGCUACGAAGAUGGUCAAGAAUCUUCAUCAUUUGCCUUACGAAACCAGGCUGACUGAACUAAAUCUGUUUCCUCUAAAUUACAGGCAACUGCGCGGCGAUCUCAUUCAAACCUACAGGAUUGUCAGUAGCCGAGAGUGUGCCCUAGAUUUUGAUGAAUUCUUUGAAUUGGCCCGGACUGACCGUCUGCGUGGUCAUCCGUUCAAACUGCAAAGGAAGCGGGCUCAUUCGGACGUCCGACGGAACGCCUUCUCACACAGGGUCAUCGGGGCAUGGAAUGGACUCCUUGAUGCCGUCGUUCUUUCCGAAAGUGUUAAAUCCUUUAAGUGCAGACUAGACGCUCACUUGUUGAGAACCUACUGUACAUAUAAUAAUGAUUGUUUUAGCGGCGGCAGUUUGCGCCUAGCUCACACUUACCGCUAAUUUUUUAACUUUUCGCAUUUGCUGAUGUAAUUGAUGACUUUAUUUCUGUUUAUCGAUAUGAAUAGGGAGCUCAAGGGCGAAAGCCUCAUUCCCUUAAUAAACUGACUUAAACUGACUUUGAUUGUGGUUUUUCUAUUCAGACCAUUUGGGAGUGGCCGACGAGGAAAUUCUCGAUCCAUUUGAGAAGUUUGCCACGGAUGCCCAUUAUUCUCAAUUUGUGCAGGAGACGCUGGUGCAGAACGCUGUCGAAAGCCUUCCGGAAAUCAAUAUAGGCCAGAUGCACAGUGUAUUUUGCGUCCAGAGCUCUUAACUAACUUUACAUUGUAUAUAGCAAGUUCGUUACACAUGAUCUACCCCUACGGAAACCAUAUUUUGCAUUGGACAAGAGGUUGUUGGUUUGCAAAUAUGCCAUCAAUUCCUUUUUACGGUUUUCUCCAUCACUUUGCAGCAGAUUGAUGUCUGACCGACAAGUCUGUAGUUCGUCGAUAGAGCAAGACUACCGCUUUUGUAAAGGGAUGUAAUGUUGGCAGUCUUCCAGUCUGUGGGAAGGAUUCCAGCAUCAAACGUUUUCUGACGCAGAAAGGAUAGUGGUUUGGCCAGCUGUGGGGCAAGCUCAAAGAGCAGCUUUGCUGAGAUCUCGCCCGAACCGGGGAAUUUACAUUCCUUCAAGCUUUCUAGUUCUUUCAAAAUCGCUUCUUCUGAAUUUCAAUAUUUCCGAUAGUGGGAUCUCCCAUGUUCUCAGAACUAGAUGGAAGAAAGUGUGUUUCUCUUGUGAAAACGGAUUGGAAAAAUUGAGAAAAAUGCUCAGCUUUAUCUGUACUGUCCGAUAUCUCCAAACCGUUAUCAUUCCUUAUGACAGGAAAGGGAUUCCUGUUAAGGGUGCUCUUCCACAGAUAGCUAUAGAGAAAUUUUGCAUUAUAAACGGCUUGGUGGAGCAAAUUACUCUCUAAAUCCCGUCGCCUCUUGAAAAUCAGGAUUUUAACAUAAUUUCUUUGAACUUUAUAUUCUGUAAACGCCGCAGUGUUGUUGUUUUCGCGAAAUUUCUUUCGCAACGUUCCUUUUUUCUUGAUCUAAUUUUUGAGUCCACGUGUUAGCCACUGAGGGCGGUUGGAUGUCCUAGGCUCUGAUAAUGGAUAACGGCUCUUCAUUAGAUGCAGCAAACGAUUCUUGAAUAAAUUCCAGUCCUCGUUAACGUUUCCGGAGAAGAGAACAUCCCAUUCUAUUUGUGAUGCCUCAGUUCUCAUUUGGCAAAAGUCCCCUUUACAUAUAUUUGACCUCGUAUCGUCUUUUGCAUACGGUUCAGAAUACAGCUUGUACUCCCAUAAAAGUACUGCAUGAUCAAUUCUACCGAGCGCACCUGUUCACUUCGAAUCCGUGUGGAAAGAUUGUGGGUGACAAAUUAUUAUACAGAGCUGGCUGUGAUUAGUCAUGUAUUAAAAGCUGGUUUCUGUCGAAAAUUAGGCGAGCGAGCUUUUUUAAACUUGUGAGUUGUGGCGGCCGUCACCAUCUCACUCGGUAGCGAGGUUCAUGGCCGGAAAAUCCGCUGACUGAAUGAAAAUGUCUUAUGGUGCAGCAGUGCGCGUUCACUCUUGCAAGGACAUGCACCGACUUACAAGGGGCAAUAAAGGAUAUAUUUGCUGUAGAGAAACAUACAAUUUGUUGGCAAGCCCGCAAUUUUCGUAAUGUAGGCAUGUAUUUGAAUUGUUAGAGACAGAGUAAUUGAUGACCCUUUAUAGGCGGAGUGAUUUCGCAGCUCUCACUUAAAAUAAAGACGUAAACACUUAAAAUGUGAUCGGCUCCCAAUGCAUUAAUAAUAAGGAAGCGCAUCUGUCCACUGCGGGUCAGUACGAAGAGACUGUGUACGACAAAGUGUUUUACAAAGCUGGCUGUGAAUAGGCAUGCAGCAAAAGUCGGUCUUGGUCGAAAAUUAAUCAUGCGACUUUUUUUAAACAUACAAAUUGUGUCGGCCGUCACCGUCUCAAUCGGUAACGAGUCCCUUGGUUGGACAACACGGUGGCCAAAAGAAAACCUUCUACAGUCUAUCCGCAUGCAUUCCUCCUUGACUUUUUGGAGAUGACCGCGUAAUUGAUUUGUACGGUCAAACUCAAAGAAGUCCCCCAGUCUCAGUAGGCAAGCGUUGCCCCGGACAAUCCGGAAUUUCCAGAAUAGACUGCAGUUUAUUUGCCUAUAGGAUAAAGGGAAUAAGCUAAGCACAUUCCGCCUCCCUUGGUACGCCAAGUGCUUUAGACCGUCAACCGUCUUCGUUCUUCUGCGUUGCAGCUAUUCAAGUAAGUAAAUAUUCCUCCUCAUCCUUGGUGAAGAUACUGGUAUCCCAUAUUCCAGGUGGGGUCUUGCAAAGACGUCAUAAUGUCUUCCAAGGGGUUCGGGAGGGAAUAUUUUAAGUGUGCAUCUGUAAAGUACUUAUCUCCUCUUAGCCCAUCUUUCUACAGUGUUCUGAUGGCAACAGAUUUGUAGCCGUCCAUAAACUCAGAUUUCUCUGUCUCUUUACAGUUUUUAACGCCGUCCCGUUAGUAAGGUACUGAUGUCUGGGAGAGACAUUUUGGCCGACGUUCAGGAGCAAGACCAUGCAUUUAGACACGUUGAACUUCAAAAGCCGUCUGUUUGAUUAAACACUCAGCUGACCGGUGUUCGAUUGCAACUUCUUUUUGUUAACAAAGCAUUUCACUCCACUCCGUACUUUUGUACCACUCGCGAACAUGGAAGGUGGAGCUGUUACUCCACUUCAUCAAAGGCCAACUUAUCUGGAAAGUGUCCUAAAAUUUUUUUUGGAGAAGAACACGAUAACCCCUCGUGCAAUACAUUUCAGUAGGGUAAUUAUUUCAAACGCCCCAAUGCCGUAGCAAGUACGUCACAUGAAUAACCAUGCCCUCUACCCCCUACAUCGGAUAAAAAUCAGUCUAUCGUCGAUGUGUCACCAGCUGUUGGGAUCACCACAGUGGCACUACAUCGUUCUAGCACGAUUGGGACAGCAAUGAACUUUUCCACAAAUCGCAAGCAGAAUAUUAUAAUAAAGGGUGCCCCAGAUCCAUGUCUUGUAUUCCGAAGGAACGGGUGAUGUACGACGUAGACCUUCUUAAUCAAUACGCCAGAGCCGUCUGGAAAGAUGGGAGAAUCUUUACCGUAAAAUGUUUUCCUGCCAGGCAGAGCGGAUCCAGGUCGUGACCUAAAAACAUCCCCAAGACCGCUAAAAUUUAUUUUAGAAUAAGGAGCCCAGGCAGCGCUUCUUUUAGAAGGUAGAACUGCCUUACGGAAUUCUCACAAGGGAGUGUUUUUUAAGUCAGAAUACGGACAAAGGGAAAGGCUGAAAAUGGGAGAACUGAGAAUAGAAUUGAAGGAAAGAACUUGCGAAGGGGAAGAAAGGGCUGAAUAUCAAAAAAUGGACAAAUAAGCCAGACCAAGGAUCCUUUACUGUCGUCAAAACCUGUCACAAUGAAGGCUGGGCUUCUCCGACGAAACAAUGAUUGAAGGUUAUUUCCACAAAUGUGCAAAACCUCUUCAACAAACUAGACGAACUAAGAGACUGAAGUGACGCUACAGACAUUGGUUCGCCAGUCUCUGUGCGAUGUAUUCUCAAGUGACCGACCAGGUCAAUAUGUACGGCGAAUAUGCGAGAACAGUGUAUACAUGAUAGGGUGACAGGUUCUAGCCGGUUUCGGUGGUGGAGCUGCUGGUGGUGAGCGCGGUUGGCAGUGUUGCGAGGGUUAAGCUACGCAGCAAAACGAUGAGCGCCGAUCGGUAGGCGUCGAUCGGUAAUCGCCCCUCUACCAUUGUAUGUGUGAAUGCAUGUAUUUAUGUAAAAGAUCUGCAAGCGUAUGCUAUGCCAGUAUCUGCAAACCAUGGCAUUCGCAGCCUGGUAUGCGUUGACAGUUUCCUGGCACAUGAUUAUCUGUCAGUAUAUACGCUUACGCUCCCCUUGUGUACACAGGUGGUGGGCAGGACUGCGCAGUCACCCUAAUCGGUCUGGCCCCUUUUGGAAUGUUGCUUUUGCCGACGAAGAACCUUUACAUUUGCUGUAUGGACCAGGCGAUGUGGUGGCAGGCCUAGGUUUGGCUCUGGCCAUGCCAGUCACCUGCGCCUUCCGCCCAUCUCCCCUCUUCUUGUCUCUGUCCUGAUUACCGGGUCCAGGUGGAAAAUAAGGGAGGGGAGAAUUCAGUGGAUGUUAACAAUAAUAAUAAUUUUAUUUAAUGCCAGUUUACAGGCAUUGUCAGGGAAGCUUUAAACACAAAACAGCACUUCUGAAAAAGUAAUUGAACAAGCUUUUAAACUUAUUGGGGCAAUAAGUUCGGAAACUGAGGAAAGAAUUAAGCGCAAGUAUAAUUUCGUACUGCGAAACAUUCCGAGCCACUUAUCUGCUAUGGAGGGAGCGCAUGUGUUCCUACAAAGUUGUGGCUUGAGUUUCAAUGUCGCACAAGCUAAGCGACUUCGCUCGCUUAGCCGUAAUGCGCCGAUACUAGUUACUAUUUUCUCCAUGAUAGAAGUCGAUUUUAUCUUGUCGAGUAGGAAGAUAACUAGAGACUUCUGCUGUAAAUGGCGCUGCUCCGUUUCGCCAGACCUCACACCCCUGCAGCGAAGACUGAAUAAACUAAAAUCGGCAAAAACCAACACCAAGAUAAUGACACCUACUGUGAGUCUGAAUAAGUCCUCUACAACACCAUCUGCGGCAUAUGCACAUCACGGCAUAGUCAAUUCCGUAGGGAAUUCGACUACUUUUAAUGCUGAGCUCUUUAAACACACCAUCACGCCUGGUAUAAACACGCCACUAUCGACUCCCCCAGCAACCCCUAGUAAGCCUAAGCAUGUGUCUAAGUCAAAGGCAAAUCAAAUUGCUGUCUCAGCCACUCGGACACCCAAUAAAUCCAGCACCAUUAUAAAAUCUUUUCCUCCACAAUCGGCUAACAGUGCCUCAAAUACCCCGACUCAAAACGUGGCGGAUUCGCAACUGCCCCCAGCCCUCAUAUCGAGGCAUGUUGGCCGAAUAUGCCGAUUUUUCCGCCGUUUAAUAAAACUGUUGCACCAAUGAAAACAAUGCGUCCCCUACACCCUAACUUGUUUCCUCCACGGCUGUUUAACCAAUUUAUUCCUCAAGAAAAUGUCCAUACUGAAUCAGUUAAUUCAUCCUAUCCUCGGUUUCGUUCCUGCGGGAAUACGUUGCAGUAUCUGGCCCGCGGAUUUCCAGCUGAAAAUAAGUUAGCUAACAAUGUUUACAAGCUUCCCUGCCCGUCAUUUUCUCCCUCAAGUCCGCCCUUUCUUAUCCACGUCAGAAUCUUUUGAUGCAGCAAAAUUAGUUGCAGAACCGGAUGGGUACAACGGAUCAUUUGCUCCGUGGGCAGCCCAGAACUGGACGAUGUAGCCCAAUUCCUUCAGAAACAAACAGUCUUUCCCUUCAAACUUUUUGUUUGAAAUGCCAGAUCCUUGCUUAAUAAGAUGCCUUUGCUUCAGACUCUGGUGUUCGUCCCUUGUCCAGAUAUUGUUUUAGUAACUGAGACGUGGGCAUCAGCCUCCGUAGCUGACUCCGAACUCUCGCUUCUAGGCUAUAAUUGCAUCCGAAAUGAUCACCAAAAUAGCCGUGGUGGGGGCUGCUGCGUCUACGUUAAGCGAAAACUUACAUUUCUGCCGCUGGAGUCCCGAAUUUUUCCGCAACAGAAGGCAGCUGUUGGCUCCAGGUUUCACUAAAAAGAGGUUCUCCUUACUCAUUGGCUGUGUUUCUCGCCCUCUCAACGCCAGUGAAAAUAUUGAUCGUUUACUCCCACAGGCAUUUCAUGCUGCGGCCGACUCAAGCUUUAAGUAUUACUUGGUUGCGGGUGACCUUAGUCUCCCUGAAGUCUACUGGUCUUCGUCUUCCGACCUAGAAGUUUCGAAGACUUUCUCGAGGCUGUGGAUGUUUAGAUGUGGCCUCAGGUUGUCGAUUUUCGCACCCGAGGAUCCAGCAUACUUGACCUAAUUUUCUGUAGAGACUGCAUGCCUUCGUCAGUGUCAUCCCUAGGCCCACUCGGGGGCACAGACCAUGACAAAGGUGUUCAGAUUUAGAACUCCAGGCUGAUAAAACUUUGUCCCCAAAGUAUAGCUGCUUCCGCGAUUUCCGAUCAACUCGCUCAACCGAAUAAUUAAAGCAUCUUAAUUCCUACGACUGGACUGAUUUCUUCCUUAGUUCGGAUGUAAAUGUUUGCACUGAAAAACUGUACGAAAUUUUGGAUCCGCUUAUUUCUCGUUUUGUCCCCCGUAAGAAAAUUAUUAAUGUUGGGGAUGAGGUUUUCCUACCCUUACCCUUUCGUCGCAGGUUGCACAGACUUUCUCGUCAAGUUCAUCUCCAGAACAUUGUUUUUGUGCGGGCUAAGAGAUUGUCUGAAGAAAAACUGCUAGCCGAAGGGGUCCUAUUUACUGAAGACCGUUCGUUAAAUGUCUUUAAGCUUUUGUCACGAAAAGUACGAACUCACUGAAAGACGCAGCAUCCCAUCCUCCGAGACGCUCUCGGAAAUCCGAUAGUUGAUGCCCAGUUAACCGCUGAUAGCUUCAAUGAUUUCCUGUCCAAAACGUUCAUUGAACACUCGACCAUUCCUCUUCCGAUCAUCCAGCCAUUGACCGGGGCAGCUCUCGAAACUAUAACUUUCCCUCUGUGGGAUGUGACUGUUGCGAUUCGGCGUUUUCGGAAAUCUCAUAGCCCAGGACCUGAUAGUGUCCCAGUAAGCAUUUUAAAAGCCAAUGCAAAUACGAUUUUCCCCCUUCCUCUUAUGCAAGAUAUUUUGUCUCGCUUUUAAAAGGGAAAUUUAUCCUACCUUGUGUAAGGAAUCACGCACUUUGCCUGUUCCCAAGCAUGGCUAAUCUACGUCAUUUGAUGACUUUCGGCCUAUAAACACCCUCCCCGCAGUUUCGAAGAUCUUAGAGACAUUGGUCAUAGAUAAGAUGAUGUGUCACUUAGCAGAGAAUAACAUACGGAAUGUUGCUCAGCAUGGAUUCCUCAAAGCUCGCUCUUGUGACACCUGUCAUUUCUCUUUCUUUGACUAUGUUCUCCAAUCUAGGGACAAUGGUUUUGCACUUUACACUGUAUAUUUCGAUUUCACUAAGGCUUUUGAUUGCGUUGACCAUGCCCUUCUUCUCUUAAAACUUUCCUCUUUCAGAAUGAGUGAGAAACUUUUAAAUUGUAUAUCCUCUUACCUGGACGCUCGUACACAACGAGUCAAGAUUUACAAUGCUAUCUCCACCCUCACAUGUGUGUGGAGUGGAGUCAUUCAGGGUAGUGUAAUCGGCCCGCUUUUAUUUUGCCCUUUUUGUUAACGAUGUACCCGAGUUAUUUCAGAAUGGUAAGCCCUUCAUGUAUGCCGGCAGACCGUGACAUCGUGCUUGAGCUCCUUAAGAGCGACCUACAGGCUUUCGCCCAGUGGUGCCACACAUGGAGCCUUUCUCUUUCUUGGCAUAAGUGCUCAGCCAUAGUGGUUGGCGACGACCGCCAUCCUCAACUAAGCAUUGGUGGUCACGCCAUAAAUGCGCCUGGGGUUAUUAAGCAUCUGGGUGUAUCAGACUCCAGGAGCCUCAAUCUUUCGGAGCACUAUGCCUUGAUAGUUUCCAAAACACGUAGAACGAUCGAGUUUAUCCUCCGAAACUUUAAAACUAGGGACAUUGAAAUGCGCCUAUACAACAUGCGCGUAAGACCUGGUCUGGAAUACUGUUCGUUUUUAUUUAGCCUUAUGCGUGGUACUGAGCUUAAGAAAAUAGAACUCGUUCAACACUUUUUUACCAAGAGAGCCUUAACCCUGGAACACCGACAUUUGUCUUACCAGGAACGUUGCCGGCUUACAGGCUUUGAUCCUUUAUGGUUUCGAAGAUUACAAAAGGGGCUAAUUUUGCUAUUUAAGCUUUUAUAUAAUCGCACCUUUAACCCACUCACUACUUUAAGGCAUCAUGUCCACCCCGACGUAAUAAUCACAGUGAGGUCUUUUAUUUCUUCCUUUUGCACCUACUGUUAAAUAUCGUCGGUUUGUUUCUGCAAAUGCAAUUGCUAUUUGCAAUAAACUACCCAGGAAUGUGAAAACUCUGCAAAAUUAUCCUUUAUUUAAGAGAAUUAUUUCUCGAUUUUAGCAUUCAGAAAAGCUCCCACAAAUUGUGGGUUCUGAAUCCCCCGCAAGGACCUAUUGGGACACAUGCACAUUCAUGCAAACCUGCAGUAGACAACCGCCGACUACACCACUCCGUCACACCUCCGCCUUGCCAGCACCUGAACCACAAAUCGAAAUUAUCUAUCGCAAGCACUCAGUUGCCGACCCUCACGCAAGUGGGAAGUAUGCUUCUCGGAUUCGUCUUCAUGCGGCUCCUCUGCUGAAUGUGUGAUCCGAGUCAAAGACUACCAGGCUGCGUCAAGAACAUUGGCCUGGAAGGCUGCCGACUGACACCCCAACUAAGUCCACACAGGCUGCCCAGUUGUGUGUGUGUUUGUGUGAAGAGACGUACCGGUGGCCUGAGAGCCAGGCCAAAAUGCUCCUCCAUAUUGUGACGCACGGCACUCUUGCUCACGUGAGAUGAAUGUCGCCUAACCCUCGUUGUGUGAAGCUAAUGUGCUUGCGUUUGGAAGGUCAGGUCGUGCAUGUGACGCGCGCAUACAAAAUCACUGAAUAUGUCAGCCACCACUUUUAUUCCCCACACCUGUCAACUGACCAGCUCGGACAGUGGUUGGGGCCCGAAAAUGAGAAGGGAGAGUGAGACCAACGAAUCGACGCAUAUUCCUCAUUAUAAGCAAUCUGGCGCGCUUAAAGCUAUCACGACGAGGUAAAAGUCAUGGCCUGGAAAUUGCCAACUGAUGGGAUAACUUGAACCUCGUAGUUGGCCCAUUGUUGUGUGUUUGGGCGAAGAAGCCGACUAGUGGUCUGAGGGCCAGACUGCAAUGGCUCCUUCUUAGUGUGGCUUUUAUGUCACUCCCACUCCGUGUGAUCCGAGCCGGUGUGGCGGCAUACCUAGUAGUGGUUCCGGCCGCGCCAGCCAUCUGCGACCUCUCACAACUCCGGCCUCCAGGGCGGAGGAGAUAGUGUUAGAGAUGCUGAGCAAGUCUACACUCACUGCACACUAACUCACGCACAAAUCAUCGUGCCUGCUUCACCCUGUCGUGGAGCACACGGUGGACAUCUUCGACAACGACAUUUAGACUGUCGCGUGUGUGUGUCCCAAACGGUUCACAGGUAAGACGCGGUGGACUAACCUGAGGAUCAUAUUGGACUCUGACAGGUGUUGUCGGAAUGCGCACCAUAACAAAUGCCAACAUUCCGGAACGCGGUGGCGAGCACACUUGCCGGCAGUGGUUUUGCAGAUUGGUGCAGCUGCCGCCCCACUCAUUGUUGUUAUUGGUUAAAAUCCAGGUCAUUUACCGUGUGGACCAUAGGGUGUGGAGUUGGGCACCAAGGUGCUGGUUCGGCUGUGCCAUCCAUCGACGCCUGCCCCGUCUCCGUUCUUCUUGACUCUGCCUUGACACAUAGAACAAGUGAGGGAGGAUGGAGUGCGGUAGAUGCUGUCAACGUCUACUGUCAGUGAGCGGACCAACACAGAGCUGUUCGAAAAAUUAAUAAUAUUUUUGAAAACCAAAAUCUGGAGUGACAUACUUUCGAAAUCAAAUUGAUCUCGAAAAAUUCGAAAAAAAUUUCGAAUUCCUUGCCAAACGAGUGACGGGUAUAAGCCAAAGCAGAUUUCGCUGAAUAAACGGUACUAUUGAUAGAAUGAGGUAAUAAAAAUACGUACAAACCUCGACAAUGGAUGCCCUAGACAGAGAAUUCCUUUGUUACUGUUUAACAAAAUCAAAUUCCCAGCUCAAGGUCAGAAUAUAAAACUGGUUAAUUAAAAGAACGCCGAUCACGCUCGAAUUGCACGGAUUGGACCUAGAACGUCUGCUGCCCCACAAUGGCCAUCCAAUUCAUGAAAGUAAUGUAUGAUUAAUUCCGUCACGGAAUGAUCGUAUGGGGGGAUUGACGGGUGUUUUAACGAUUCACCAAAAUUUGAGUAAUUAAGGCGACCACCAAAGCACAUUACUCCUUCAAUCAAAACCGGACAUAAAUUUCUCAGGCAAAUAUUUCUAACGCAAUUCCUUUUCUGGGAAUCUGCUGGUGUAGACUGCAGAAUAUCAAAUUCUUCUGAAAAGUGCUUCCUUUGUAUAAGCUUUAUCAAGCUAAUGCUAGCUUGGCGCAUUUCGGAUACUCGGAUUGGACCCAACACCAGCGUCUCUAGAGGUGCCUUGCCUGUGCUCAUUCUGACGUACUGCUAGAAACGCAGGAGCCAGACCACAGCCCUUUGUAGCCUUGUCCAACUUGAAAAACGCAAAAAAAUUCGUCCAAACCAUCACAUUGAUUUAAUACAUGAACUUGGGCUGUUGCACUCUUGAAUUCCAAGCUUUCAGGUUGUCCUACUGGAGGUUGUACAAGCCAUUCGCUUUCAGGUUGAACUAACAAUUUCGGACCGUCCAACCAUCUACGUACCAGCGCAAAGUUGCACGUACCUCGAGAAGCAAUGUCUACUGGGUUGGCGUCCGAACUCACGUAUCUCCUCUGAGAGGUCUCAGACAGAUCAUGAAUAACUGUCCGUCCGUUAGUCACAAAUAUGCAGAACCUGGUUGAUUCAUUGUGUAUAUAAUAAAGUACUAUCAUAGAAUCGGUACAUAAAGUAAUUUUUUGGAAGUACCUAUCGGUGCUUGAGCGGAUGAGAUCAGCCACGCGCACAGCCAGAGUAGCAGCUGCCUACUUUAAACGUGGCAUAGAGACGGUUUUGAGGGAUGCAACACGUGCUUUCGAAUAAACGAGUGAACAAUGUAGAUUUCCUGUGUCGUUUAUAAAGCAAGCAUAUGCUACUGCACUAUAUGCUACUUCCGAGGCAUCGCAAAUUACGUGCAGUUCGACUCGCAUCGGAUCGCUGAUAUCUUUGGGCUUUAGACAUCGGGCUAGCUGAAAAGUCUUCAGGCUCCGUAAAUUAGUGAUCCAUUUUUCCCAGCGAGAGCUCUGGAUGCCAGAUAGUUGUUCAUCCAAAUUUAGUCCGUUUUUGCAUACGGAUUGCCAAGGCGAAACAAAGCCCAGAAGAUCAUAAAGUGAGGACAAACAAGACAAAAUACCCCUACAAGUGGACGGUUUUGCGGGCAUAUUGAAACUUAUUAUCAGAAUAUCGCAAUACGUAUCCCACUACAACUCCAAUGUUCGUUCAGUAGGUAGGGGGUUGACGGCAAUAUUUCGCAUACCAGAAGAACGUUCAGUCGCACUAACGACCGAGAGUAUACGCCGGUCACUAGAAGCCAAGUUCCGCAUACGAAAGCCGCCUUGAGAGAGAAGUUCACAAAUUUCGUCCACAAAACGUUUGACGGAAUCGACAUCACAUAACGAUAAUAGACAAUCAUCAACGUAAAUACUCUGGUGAAUCGCUCUGCAAGUUAAUGAAAAGUAAGAUGAGCCGAAAUCUUCGACAGUUUUUUGUAACGCAAAGGUGACACAAAAGGGCGAAGAAGUCAAUCUGAAUAGGUGGGAUGUCCACUGAAACUCAAUUGGCUCUCCUUCAAGCUCGUCAUUUUCUACCACAAAAAUUUCAGAGCAGGUCGAUUAGUCGAGUCCACUUUCAGUUGCAGGAAAAUUUCCUCUAUAUCCCCUGCCACUGCAAUACGCUCAACUCGGAAACCCUACAACACACUUACUAACUUAGCGUUUACGUCAGGUCCUUGGUAUAAAAUGUCAUUCAGAGACACGCCCUGACACUUGGCAGCACAGUCAAAUACAACACGAAUUUUUUCUGAUUUUCGGGGGUUGACAUCGGGGUGGUGUGGUACGUACCAGUGUCUCGUAACUGAAAACGCUUUGUUGCCGUCAACUCGCUCAAUGUAUCCCCUCUCCGUGUACGGACGGAAGGUUUGCUCAUAUUUCCGAAGUAAUUCGGGAUCUCGACCCAACUUACUCUUGAGAUAGAUUAGUCGUUUACGCGCCAACUGGAAACUGUCCUGUUAAUUCAGCGUACUGAAUUCGUAUUCCGGAGGCAAACAAAACAUGCCCUGUGUUUUUGCAGACAAUUCCACCGAUCUGCAAAACCCAUAGAUAUUAAACGUGGACAAUUUGACACUUCAUGGGCAUUAGAACAUAUGAAACAUGGCCGUUGAUCUGGUUCGACACUCGAAAUGGCAACUUGUUAGGGUUCUCCUGUUUUUGAUGUUGGGCUGUGGCAGUAAAGGGCUGUGGAGAGCGCCUGCCAUCCCCAUCUCGAGAUAUUUGUCCGAAACGACUUCUUGCUCUCCUAGCUCGAGUAUUUACGAAUUCCGUGAGGUCUGCAAAAUCCGGAUCUCUAACAUUCAUAGAUAUUUUGUCAGUAAGUUCAGCCCAUUGAAUCUGCAUAAAAACGGUAAACAGCGCACUAUUCGCUCUAGGACAUUCAGCGAUUGUAGGUCAGACACAUAGUUCAUUGGCGUGAGCGCUAUUUCACAACUUCUCAUUUUUAUGCACAAAUCUAAAAGUGCCAUUGCAGUCUGGUUAAUUUUGCGUGCUUGUCUGAAGACACCGUCCAGAAGAGCAUUAGCCACUACAUGUGGUUGGCCAAAGAAGCUGUUCAGUAAUGCUCAUGCUCUUAAAUAAGCCGAAGGCGAAGGAAGCAUGACGCAUUCUACUAUGGCCGCUCUCGCAUCACCUCUGCAAUAGUGAAUCAAGUACAGCAGCCUCUGUCAAGCAUCUUCAACUUUGCUCUCCACCUACACUUCAAACUGUCGUAUAAACAUCCAAUAAUGAACUGGAUUUCCGUCAAAGCUGGACAACUCAAACUUGGACAGUUCUAAACUGGCAGCUGGCAGGCUUCUAGCACUUGCUUUGGGCAUAUCAACAUUCUCACUUUGGCAAUGAUUACUCUCUUCAGGAGAAAUUUCAUCCAAUAAGCAUUGUUUUAAAUACACCGAGACAUGCGCACGGAAUCUACGGGUUGACGGUCGUCAUCGGAUAUCUCUUCAUCGGUCUCUACCUCUAUUCUUGCAAGCUCUGUCCUUCUCUCGGCAUCAAAAAUAGCCCGUUGGAGUUCGACCUCACGUUCAACUCGCCUCUCUUCUAUUUCGGCUAUUUUUAAGGCUUUAACUGUUUUACUGGAACUACGACUACUAAUAGAAACACGCUUACAAGAGCCGGACCGGACGUUUUACUUUGGUUCUCCUUGUCCUUCGAAGGCACCUGGUUUGUCCAUUCUGAGAGACUGUUCCGUACCGUCCGAUUCAUUCUUCAUGGAACGCGUCUGCAUUUGAUGAAAAUAAUUUCUUCCAGUUUAUGGUAUGAUGUUGAGUACUGUAGAAUUGCUUGCUAAACGAGUGACGCGUAUAAGCCAAAACAGAUUUCGGUGUUUAUACGGUACUACUGAUAGAAUGAGGUGAUAAUAAAAAACGUACAAACCCCAACAAUGGAUACCCUAAACGAAGAAUUCCUUUGUUACUGUUCGAGCAAAUCGAAUCCCCAGCUCAAGGUCAGAAUACAGAACUGGUUAUUUAAAAGAACGCCGACCACGCUCGAAAGAGGGCAACAAAAGGGGGGAAGGAGAAUGUCGACAGGGGCCAAAUGUGGAAGCACUUGCGAGGAGGGCGUGGAGAAUUCCAGGCGUCGACCAGCUUGGAUAAACAGUGAUUCUGGACAGUGUCAUCCAGAAACAAAUCUAAAUGUGGGUGACAAAGUUCUAAGCCAGUUUUAUUUCAAGAAUAAGUACCAACGGUUACAUAAAUAUUGGCAUAUGGAUAGCCAGGAAGUAACGGUGGAAAGGGAAAUUUAAACGAUUUCUUGGAAUUGCUGGAUACCAUUCUAGUAGUAUACGCACUCACUAUAAGGCCAGACACGCGUUUUUCGCCGAUAUUCUGCCGCUGUAUGACACAGCUGCUAAGGAUUCGACUCUUCAGCGGGUCCCCAGCAUUUCAGUAUAAUUCAGUAUAUAUGAGGGAUAGAGGCAGAGCCUUGGAAAACCCUAUUUACAGAUAGACGUAUGAAAAAAACAUGCAGAUAUUUACAUAGCAGUUAUACCAGUAAUUGAUAUCAUGUAAAUGUUUGACCAUCAAGCAUAAGUUUGUCUAGUCUUCUUUUGAAGGUCUCGACGUUUUCCGCUAAGACAACGGAGUUCGGCAAUUUGUUCCAUCCCUCAACCAGCCGGUGAGAGAAGAAUUUGGCCCGCAAAUCGAGUCUGGCAUGUUUCAUCUUCAAUUUGUAUGCGUGCUCUCGGAGAUUUGUCGUCCGCGCCAGUUCGAAGAAGUCGUCAAACUGAAGAGCACAGUCUAGCCCUCGGACGAUCCUGAAGGCCAUGAUCAUGUCCCCUCUGUACUGUCUAUAAGAGAGAGGAAAUAUUUUUAGCUUCUCCAGCCGUCUCUCAUAAGGUAAGGUACUUAAUCCGCCGACUAGCCUGGUCGCUCUACGUUGUACGUUCUCCAGUAGGGUGUAAUCUUUUUUCGUCCAGGGACACCAUGCCUGGACACAAUAUUCCAACAUUGGUCGAACGUAUGCGCCAAAUACACGGCCGAAAAGUUCUUCAUCAAAAUUGACGAAAGAUCUUCUAAUCGCGCCUAAACUACCCAUAGCUUUCUUUGAUACCUUAGCGCAAUGAGAUGAUGGUUUGAGAGUUGACGUCAUCCACACACCGAGGUCUUUUAACUCGUUGACUGAUUCGAGUUGGUGACCUCCUAUAAAGUAUUGAGAUUCAAAUCUCAACAGCCUCCUGUUGCUCGAACGUAAUCGGAUAAGUUGGCAUUUGUUACGAUUGAGGAUAAGACACCACUCAUCACACCAUUUUUGCAAGCGAUUUAAAUUGUCUUGUAAUUGUACAGAAUCUUCCGGCUUCUCUAUUGAUUGCCACAAUUUGAGAUCGUCGGCAAACAUAACUCGCUCGCAGUUCAGACAGUCCAGGCAGUCGUUCACAUAUAUAAGGAACAGAAUUGGACCCAGAACGCUUCCCUGCGGAACGCCACUGUGCACGGAUGCCCAUUCCGAUUUAGCGUUCCCGAUACACACACGCUGAGAUCUGCCCGUAAGAAAAUCGGCUAGCCAUUUCAGAAGAUUUCCGUUCACACCCACUUGACGUAGUUUACAUAUAAGUCGUCUGAGUGGAACACUGUCAAAAGCCUUUUUGAAGUCGAUGUACACGGCGUCGACUGAUAAGCCCAUGUCAAUUGAUUUCGUCCAGCUUUCCAUGGAUACUAGGAGGUUGGUGAGACAAGAUCGACCGCUUCGGAAUCCAUGCUGAUGUAGACUGAGCAAGUUGUUUUCUUCGAGGUGCCGCAUCAGCUCCGUUUUUAUUACUCUUUCCAUCAACUUGCAACAGAUGCUAGUGAGACUCACUGGUCUGAAACUAUUUGGGGCUGUUCUCUCGCCACCUUUAUAAAUGGGGCUUAUGUUUGCUUUCUUCCAGUCGGUAGGCAAAGCCCCGGUCUCCAUCGAUGUUUUGAAGAUCUUGGAUAACGGAGAGGCCAGUUGGUCUGAGAGCUCAUUCAGAACUUUCGCGAACACGCCGUCCGGACCAGGGGAUUUAGUGGGCUGUAGUUGCCUCAAAGUUUUCCUUACCGUGUCUGUUGUGAAGUCCACCGUGCUAAUUGUACUGUUGGAUUUGACAUUUGGGGGGUAAACUCUUUCAUCAAACGCCGGCUCCUCGGUGUACACAGACGUGAAGAAGUCGGAUAACAGAUUCGCCUUAUCUGAGUUGUCAGACAACGUAUUUCCCUGGCGAUCUUUUAGGCAGGGAAUGCAGUCCCGGUUGCGUUUUGCUUUAUUCACGUAUCCAAAGAAUUUUUUUGAAUUUUGCGGGAUAUUUUUUAAAAGUGUUGACUCAAAUUGUGCCCGUUGUCUCCCGCUUUCAUGGUACGGUUUUCCGACGUCGGAAUAUUAUGAGAGCCUGAACAGUCAUAAGCUUGUUGGAAGCUAGCAUAGAUAGGGGAGUCUAUGAAGAAGGUUUAGGUUAAUAGGGACAGGCAUACAGCUGAACAAUUAAGUGACCAGAAGCGUGUAGUGGGGUGUGAAUUAAAGAUAUUGGAGAUAUUAGGCGGACAAAUAUUGACAGGAUGAAUUUUAGAUACAUGUAGGGUACCAGAAUUAUUUAAGAAAAGAAUUAUUAGAGUCUAACUGGGCCCGUUAGGCCUGUAGGCGAGUCUGGCUCCCAAGACUUUAUAAAUCGAAAACGAUGUCAUAGGACUGUUAAUAUGCUGUAUGUCAUUCCAGAAAAAGAUGUACUCUAAUACAUUAUCAACUUGUAAUUUUUCUCCACACAGAAUGCAUUCUACAUUGUAAUGGUGAUCAAUGCUGCAAACGCCCGAAUAACUCUGCAUUCACAGUCAACUUCGAAGAAUGCGGCAAGAAAUUAAAUGUUGUCCUUACAACUCAAAUGAAUUUCUUUCAAGCAGACUAAAGAUUUUGCGGUGGUGGUUUCGAAUCCUCCAGGCUCCCACUCCGUUCAUUUAAAGGUUUUUAAAACAUCAGACUUGAUUUCACAUGGAAGAUCAGUACAACAAGGCGAACGCCGUUCUAAGCUCUCAGUGAUACUGGCCAUUUCAAACUUGUACCACAGAUCCCGCAUCCAAAUCGUCGUUCAAGUCUCCAAAUCCGAGUCCUUUUUGCGGAAUUGCCAUAUUCCCUUUGCAACAGUUUCACUACAGAAAAUGGUCUAAUAACCUCCCUUACUCUAUCGUGUUGUUCACGCCCUAUCGGUUUUGAUUUUCCCCUGCGAUUACAUAGAAGAAUUUUAGUCCUUAAUAUCAGCCACCCCUUCAAAGAUUCCGGGUUGCGAAUGCGUGGCAAACCAACUGCUAUCUUCUUAUAAAUGUCGUACGAAUUAAUUAUGAAAGUUCUUCUGUUGGAUAUUCUAACAAUUUACGAGACCAAAGUUGUUUUCGCAGCUUUUCUAAAAUGUGUUAUAAUUUGCUCAGCCAUACCAACUGAUACUAACCUUGACGCCCCGCAAGGUUAACAGUCCCCACUUGGGCACGCAUCCAAAAACGGACGGGUUAAACGAAUCUGUCUGGUUUCAGUGUUAUAUCGGAAGAAAACGCAGUAUAAUCCAAAUUCAUCAACAAUAUUAAAAGAAAGAGUUUGAAAAGUGGUACUUUCCUACUUAGUUGUUUAACGACCUGUGAUUUUUUUGCAAAUUUAUUCCUCUAAGCCGGCCACUUUGGCUCGCUAUUUUAGCGCCUGGGCUUUCCCAGGCUGGUGCCGUUCAUAAAUAUUGAUACUUCGCUUUGGAUAAUCUUAACGAAUUCGCUCGGACGUGCUUAUUAAAAAUUCUAACUGACUUAACAUUUAAAAAAUAACGUAAAAUAUAUGAAAACAAAUGGCUUAGGCAAGUUGGCUACUUAUCCUGGCAUCCCGCAUUUGUAGACAUCAUGUUGGGCGGGAUACCACCAGCAUAUUCUCUGCAGAUGCACAUGUUAUUACAGCUUUCCUCGUCAAGAUACAAAGCCUGGAUAGUGUCAGACUACACAUAAACGAGCCACAUAUACAAUUUAUGAAGCUUAACUUAAAUGAUCAAUUUUUUUAAUAGGGGCGACAGCAAAGGGCCUAAAAUUGCCUUAAGUAGCCGAGUUUGUAUUUGCCCACGGUUUCACUAGACGUACUACUAGCUAGGAUAUACCUAACCAUGAUUAGGUAGGAUAGUCAAUCAGUAUGGCCUUUCUGUUUCUUUAACUCCAAAAGUUUCGAUACAGCUUAUUUUGCACGUGUUCGUGUGGACCCCUGUUUUGGAAAUGCAUAUGCAUGCAUUGCCUUUCGAUGUAAAGAAGCUAAUUCUUACUCCACGUCAAACGAAAACUGUGCUCUCAUAAUUUCAUUCGUCUUGCCCUUGGCCAUUUAAAUAGUUAAAUACUAGAGUUAACGUUUUAGUUUUCUGCGUUAUUGGCAAUACCAAAAACAAACAGAAUAGUUUAAAUAUGAUUUCGGAUCCCAUAAACAUUUAAAAGUUUUCCGAAUACCUAUACAAUUUUAAUGUCCGACACGACAUUGGAUUGAUGUACGCACAGCGGUAUGCGCGCUUUUUUAAAAAACCUUACUCAGUUAGAUCGAGCAUCCUCGCACGCGUAUACCUCAUUUUCUAAUGUAGAUAAUAAGUCCGCACCGUUUUUAUACGGAGGUUAAGUCAUUUAUUUAGGCUACCUUAUAAGAAACAUGGUCCUUUGAUUGACAAUAUAUUUAAACUUAACUUGAGUUGUCACAAGGCUUUUACCAAAAUUAUGCCUUAUUUUUGACAACGAAGGACUGUGUAGAAUGACUUAUUAAACGGACUUUAGGGAUUUAUAGAUAUUUUGAAUUCUAUUUGGAUUUUCUGUUUUCGUUUCGAUGUCCCAAAUUGUAUGAUUUUGCUUUUUUCAACUAUGCUGCAUAUUUUGAUCAAACACGCAUAGAAGUAUCGCCUUAUGUUCAUAAAGUCAAUGGGCAUUUUGUUAUAUACUUUGAAGUUGUAUUUGUAAACCAGUAAAUCUAAAAAAACACGAAUGACCUCAUUUUUUUCUAAAAAAUUACAAUACUUCCAUGUGUUUCGAAAUUAGGCUGCCCCUUCCUCAUGUAUAUUAGCCAAAAUGACGCACAUUAUGCGCAACAUUGGUAUAAGACACACACUUUGUUUUCCCAGUGCAGAUAGGAUUUAUUAUUUUAAAAACGUCAACAGUAAGUGCAAAAGUAAACACCUGUCGCGCAUCGGUCUUAUUUGCAGAAUUUAUGCUGUUGACAAAAAAGGGUUCCAGAAAGAGAUUCAGUCAACUACCGUGGAUGAAGUAAUUUAUGAUAAGGUCUUAACUUCUGUGAUAAUACAAGGAAUAAGUACCGACGCCUGUGACUGACAAAACCUACUGCUAGCUACUACAAAACAUUCGUAAAACAAUAAAAUUAAUGGUGUUUCACAUAUAAAAACAGAAUAUUCUUGCUACUCACGUUGUUAAAGUAAGUAAGUUUAAUGCAGUAAAAUACUUUUAAGAGGUUAUCUUUAAAUGAAAGUCUAUUCCUUAUGCAUACGUUUAUUUUAUAACCCUACAUUAGGGUCUUUCUCUUGAACUGUUUUGAUUGCCUAAAAGUUUUCAUCUUAUGGACUCUUUGGUAGAAUGACAUUAGUUCCUUUAAUGUGGCUACGCACCAAGCACAUAGGAUGUUCUUGCGGACGCUGAAGCACCUGGCUCAAGCAACACAAUUUACUUAGGUCCACUCCAUGCUUGUAAGGCUCAGCAAUGCAGUAUACCCCAAAAUACACGCAGUUCUAUAUUUGGAAAACCGCACAGUUCAGCCCUAAUCUCACUGGGUUUCGCUUGAUGGAGUGAUUUCGGAAAACACUUUAAGAUUCAUGACAAUGUAAUGGAUAAAUCUUGUGAAAUCUUUCAGAAAAAGAAUACGUCCGAACUUUGCGGAACUGAUGCAGCGUUACGGAAAACGCAUCCUUAGUUUGGCCGAGACCUUUAACUUCCCCGUAAGUUAUAUUAUGUAUGCCGAUACUUAUAGGAUAACAGGAUGCCUGUCAAGUCGACAUACCGAUUUUUUCCGCAUCACCUCCUGCUAUUUAUGCGGCCGACUUCAAACCACAGGCCACAUACAUCUUUGAUAUUGAGUUUCGCAACCAGGAUAAAGUAAGCCUAUCAUUUAUGACUAUAGUGCUCCAUUUAGAUACCGCGAUCCCUUAGAGUUGCAGAAAAUGAUUCCGCCUAUUUUAAAAUAAUUGGUCAAGCACUUAGUUGCUCGAAAAUCGCCACCGGCCUCUCCGUUCAUGUUCGCGUCCAAUUCAACCCCGAAGAACUCAGGGACUACACACAUGAGUUAGUCUGCACAACGGACCGUGAGGUCUUCUCGAUUCCAAUCUAUUGCAUUGGUAGACGCUCUUAUCUUGAGGGUCCAAAGAGCGUCACUUUUGUUAACUGUCCAGUAAAGCAGACCUUGGAAAAAGCAAUCAGCUUGCGAAAUACUGGAGAAAGUGCCUUUGAAUUUGUCGCACACACUUCUGGGUAACUUUUGGAGCAAGUUUAUUCAACCACUUCUUUUAGCUCUUUGUCUGCUUAUCCGCAGAAGGGAGUAAUCGAAGCCGGAAGCAUAUUUCAACUACUUUUACAAUUCAAACCCAAAAUAAUUGGAGUUCAAUGCGAAAGUAUAUUCUUCGAAGUUGAAAGAGGUAUAUUGGCUCGAAGGUUUUCUUGAUAAUGAUUUAUUAUUUUGUUUUUAUUAGGUGAUGGGCUCUGCAUGCAGGCUAGUACCGAAGCGUUUGAAGUUCCUGUCACUCUGUCUGAUUCUGAACCAACCAAAAUGCAGACGCUCAUUGGUACCAAGUGUUCGAGGAGUGUGUUCAUCGAAAAUCGAAGUGAAUACUCUCUGAAAUUUAAAUGGAUCUUCGGACAGCCUCAUAAACCUGACAAAUCUACUCGAUCCCCAGAUCUUUCAGCCGGAAAUUAUGAGUGUAUGAAUACGGAAGUGCGCACUCAUGAUGGUGACGAAAUUAACGCAGUGAGUUCCCCCCUGUUACUUAGUUUGUUUUAUAAACUGAAAUCCAAAAGUUAAGCCGUCAUCCGCCGAACAACCUCAGUUGCUUGCAAUAUACAUACUGAGGUCAAGUCGUUUUUCUAUAUUAGUUAGGUCCAUUUUUCAUAUUUUUCUUAAAACUUGGAUACUAUUCCGUUGUUCUUGAUCUACCAGUAGAAUAGGACGUUUUAGAAUUUCAAAUACAAUUCAUUCGGGCUGUCUCAGUAAAUCAAAGUGCUUGCAGAAUUGAGCGCAGAAAAUUUGCAAACGCUACUAAGCACCCCGUCUUAGUAAGCUCGAAAAAAUUGUUAAACAGGUCAUCCAAAAAGUUGCGUCGUUCCGCAACAAAGUCCCACAUUCAGGUGGACCGCGAAAUUGGACGAAACCAGAUGCAUGAGAGGUGUCGGUUACGCUCCCAGUACGUCAUUUGGCAGCGAGGCGCUCCCUUUCCUAUACCAAACAGGCAAUACAACUAAACUCCCCAGAAGUUAAUUCAGUCUAUCCUGGACAAAUUAUGGAGUUGGGUGCCAUUGUCUUACCUCCGCAGUCUUCGUCACUAUGUAAAAACGCUGCACUAUGGGGGGAAGUGGAGUGGGAAAAACGCUCCUUCGGCAGCAACGGAGACUGUUCUAAACAGACAUGACGAGAAUAGUGCCCACUUCAAGGAACUAAGGAAGAAGACCGUGACUGUGUCAAAGUGGAUGUAAAUCGCUCUUAGCAAUUUCGGAGCCUUCGCUUGUCCAUAUCUAGUGUACAUAUAGUUGCCCCACAAAGCAUAGCGAGAGAGGCCUAACCAAAUCCUAGAAGGAGCUCAGUUAACUAACGCGAAGUCAGUGUAUAUAAUAAAGUCCUUCAAAUAGACAGAUUGCUUGCGUUUUCAAGCUCUUUCCCCUUCUACCAGGGACAGAGGAGGCUGAAGGGGUUUGACUGUGGUAUUCAUCAUAGGCAAUUUUUCCAGCGUUCCUCAGGACCGGACCUCCCUCGAUACGGUCGAAGACUAGGGAACGUGACACCUAGGGGCCUAGGCGGCCGACGCAUCUAGUAAACGCCGUGACAAUCACAACUUUAAGAAGUAUAGAAGGCUUCACGGUGACCUAGAUCAGACCUGAUUCUCCAUGGAUUCUCAGACAGUGCUAUUUUAGUGUUCUGGACACGUUACUUAUUUUAUUUUAGUAGCAUUGACAAUUUACUACUUGAAUUGCAUGCACGACACGUCUGCUUCCCCACCCAUUAAUUUAAAAAAAACUGUUCUUCUGGUGAAAAAUCGGGAAUUUUGAGAGACACUGUAGAGAGCAACAGGCUGAGAUUCAAAAUAUAGUUAUUUGUGCGUAGUUGCUGAGACAUAAGAGUAUCUGCCUAGAUACCUGCGAUAUUGGAAAUACAGCCCUAAAUGUACGUAUUUAGUGAUUUGAUAAAGCCCACUCUUCGAAGUCAGUGGUGUUUACGCCUUAUUUUAAAAAGUUGUGAUUUACUCUCAAGGGUAUGCAAGUCUCGGAUUGGCUUUGUUCGACACCUCCACAACAACCCCAGUGUCAAAGCGAAUAAGCCAACAUCUAAAUCACAAACCAUCAAUGUCUCGAUAAAAAAAAUCUACGUCUGCCCGACUUCGACCGCGCAUUCUGCUUACGGUUCGUCCUUUACAGGCUUGUUGUUAGUCUUCGCCACAGAGACACAAUCAGAGCACUGGAAAUAAUAACUGAUAUAGUAUUACUUUUCCCGAUGUGACCUUAUAUUACUUUCGCGUACUGUCCUGACGGGAAACCGUCAGUUCCAUCGCAGUACAGAUGUAGGACCAAUGUCUGGAACCCCAGUUAACACCCAUCGCAUAACCUGUCAGUUCUGACCCUGAAAAGCUAGCUACCAUAGGGUUCCUUUAGUUCAAAUGUGCACACACAAGACGGAUACCGAAACUCUCCCAGUCACUUAUGCAUUAAUCCUAUUACAAAGUUUGCCGAAAUCGUAAUUACGGGCAUUUCAUCGUGUGCGUAUGCGUGUGGCAGCAGAUGUUGACAUUGAUCAUCCGCCUUCUCGUUAUAAAACAAUGUAGAACAGAAAGGUCUCAGACUCGAUUUCAGUUGUAGAAGUUUCCACAAUACGGUGAACCUAGAUUUAUGACUAGACUGACCUCGUCGUUUCAGGAGAUGGGGAGACAAGUAAAAUUCCGUUACAUUUUCAAGACGCCACUGAUGUCCAUCCCUAAAGUUAAGGGUGGAAUGGUUAGGUCUGUGUCAGUCCGUAAAAAGCGUCCAUUCUUAGUAUCGCUUGGAAAGUCCUUGUCAGUCUUCUUUUCUAUCACACACAUUUACACCCUAAACAAGGAGUUUUCUCGUGCCCCAAUUUGCACCACGGAGCAGACAUGGUCCUCUUUGCCAGGCAACUAUGGAAGAACUGCCAGAAAAUGAGGAUCGGUCCCUGCGCAAUCUUCGCGAAUCUCACCAAGGUCUUCGGCACAAUGGAUCGAGUAAGCUAUUUUAAAGUAAUUAGGGAAUCCGGCAGUGUCCAACGUUUUGCUCUGGUGAUCAGACAGCUUCGUGACACUGCGAUAGGAUGCGACACGGAAGUGGAUCGGCAUCAAAGGUCUUCGCGAUGUCACAUGAAGUGAAGCAGGACUGCGCUAUCACCUUAACUGCCUUCAGUCUUAUUUUCUCAAGAGUGCUAACGGAGGCCCAUCCGGACACAAAGGAAACUAUCCGACAUCCGUCUUAUGCAGCUUGGCACACACCCCCAGAACCCAGAAUGCAUGGCCUACUCCUCCUCACUGACGACUUUGCAUUUAAUAUUCCAGCAGAAACGGAUUUUCGGUAAAUUAUGCACCUUUUCGCCUCAGCAUGCGCCAACCUCCCCACUAUUCAGAAAGCAAAAAAAUAAUUGCCACAACAAGAAUUUUAUUCAACCGACGCUUCCGACCCUCUCGGAGCCAUCUUCAGGAACGUAGACGAGCAGGCAGGAAGUGUGCGGGAUGGUGCAGCAUCUAGAGCACGUAAAUGUUAUGCAACUAUACAUCCAAUAAAGUCGGCAGUUUUGACUGUCAUCGCAGACGUCCGCAGUUGAUGCGAUAACGGCCUAGUCGCUCGUAUCUUCGUCGGUAAUUGCUACAAUUUCCUCGCCGGCUUUGGUAAGAGUUGCUGGCUAAUUUGGUUCACCCAUACUGGCACGGGAAGCAGGGGUUUCCUACGCCUUCGGAGCGUUAAUAAUUCAUCUGGCCGAGCAAAUCCUUGGCAUAAAACAAAGAGUUCGGGCACCAUUCUGCUUGUCGAUGGAUUCAAACAGUUCGCAACUAAUGCGGCUGUCAUUUACCUCGAAGAUUUCGGCUUUAUCGAACUUAGCAUGAUGGUGUCCUGUCGAAUGAGCCACUAGACAUUUGGUGUCAUUCCUCUUUACCGCUGAUGCAUAUUUAGCCAUUCGAGUCAGGGGUCAUUAGUUUGCUUCUUCAGCUAAGUUGCUUUGUUUUAUAUGGUGCGGUUUAAAUACCUCCUAUACCUAUCGCACUCCCAAGUCCCCCGUUACCUUACUCAGUUACUGUCUCUUAAGACAGGUUCGAAAAAGUUUCUGAGACAUCGGAGAAUGGGAUUAUUGUUGCCCUGAUCAAGUCUUAUCCCUGUUUACUACCUUCUGGAUCUCGUCUUCCGGCUUGCAUCUACAGUAGAGAAAAUAGUUGUCAUAGACAACCGGCGCCCACUGUCGAACACAUUGAACCAUCGCUUAGCACAGGCAGACCACUCCUCUUACUUUCGAGACACCACCUCCAGACCGUCAGCAUCCACGGCAAAUUGCAACCGGAAUCUCCGAAGCCACUUAUGCUGUCCGCUGAUCCCGAGUCAUCAAGACGUCUCCUCCUGCGUGAAGCUCAGGGCGUACAGGGCAGCUAUUCUGUCAACAUCCCAUCACUCCGUUGAGAAGUGGACGCUAUUGGCAUAUUGAACACUCACGUCACGUUUAAGUAGAUACAAGCGCGAUAGAUGCCUGACGAAUGCUUGUUUAAGCAAUUAUUUUAUGGUGAGGCUGUUACGAUCACUCACAAUCAGAGUAAAUAAUAAAGAGGUUGAAAGGACACAUUGAGGGUUUCCCUAGAGCGUCUUCAAAUUAACUUAAAGACAAAGGAAUCGCACAUACAGGAGCUGCACGUAUUCUGUACGGUCGUAAAAAUGAAGCAGCAAUCUUCGAACCUACGAGAAUAGAUAAAGUCAGGGUUAAAAUGAUGUGCUCGCCAAAUAGAAUGCUACUGACCAGAGCCACAAAUGCCGCCAUCAGGACGUCUGCACUGUCAACAUCAGUUCAGGGUUCAGGCUAGUUUUAAUGAACUCCCUAGGGUUCACUGUAGUGUCAACGCGACUAACUCACCGUCUACACAAUAAAACAUACCGAAACUACCCCAUCUGCCCUCCCUGUUGCAGCAUAUUCUAGUUCUGGUUCACCAUGAUCGAACAUAUUUGUAAACACGUCAGUAUAAACAUCUUUAUGACAGAGAGGAGUCAUUAGCAGCAUACCAAGGAUACCUAUUUUCCCCCGGUUCCAUCGCAUAUUUCACCCAUGCGUUCGUCGCAGCAUAACUGGAAAAUAAUGGUCAGGAUUCCCAACCAACACCCGUCACACCGGCCUUCACCAACCUGCCCCUGCGCGCACAAUCACUUACUGCAUUAGUAGAAUCUGUCCUAUAAGGUGUAUAUAACAAUCACGAAAAUAUCACUCAUAUUCGUGCUCAAACUCUUCCCACUCAUUCAGUCAUCGCAUGCUCCCUUCCAAUUGUGUGUUCACAAAGAAAACCCACGCAUCACGCAUGAGUAAAUUCCACCCCUAAAAUCGUCAACAUCGGCAAUGACUAGCGGACUUUUGUAAGCCUGACUGUGUUCCGUAGACGCUAGACUGAGGCCCACGCGAGGUCAGUUGUUGUUGAAAAGUCUCGUACAGGCCAUUGGAGCGCGAAGUGGGGAAGAGAUAUUGAAGUCAACACUGAGAUGCCCUUUCUCGUGGUAGUUCAGCGCACCUUUCCCUCAACUAGACCUGUGUGCAUAAAUCUACCCCAAAACGUUGGAAGUCUGCCGACUGCCUGGGACACCUGCGUCUCUUUUAGCGAUAGAGAGGGAGGGAAGAGAGAGUGAGUCAGACUGCAGUGACUUCUUCUUAAUGUGGUCUAUAUGACACAUUUUACUUACAAAGGAAGGCGAAAUUUGGAGUUCCAGGUGUAUGAAGAAGUGAAGAAGAAGAAGAGGCGAGCACCUGAACACUGUGUUUAUUGUUCUGAGCUUUCAGACUCGUAAAAGAGUCCAUCGUCAGAGGGAGCAGCAGCAGCAGCAGCAGCAGCAGAACAAGCUACAGCUAUAAGGCAUGCAGGCCAAUCAUCGACCGACGGCGCAAGACAGGAGGUGACUACGCAGGGCUCUGUACGCCGGCGCCAGAUCGAUAAAUCGAUUGACCGAGUUCUCAUCCGAGGCCCAGGCUUCAAUCAAUUCUCGGCCUGUUUUUUCUCCGGCGUGGGCGACUAUUUUGGUGGCUGCGAAGUCAAACUCGUGACCCAUUUCAUAGGUGUGAGCGGCCACUUGUGAUAAUGCGUCGCCUCGUCGCACAGCCAGCUUAUGUUCGUGUAUGCGCGAUCCGAGCAUGUUCCAGUCUGUUCUGUGUAGUUACAAGGACACUCAACUCUCACCUGUGGCUCCACGUAGCUGGGCUCUGCUCAGCGGCCACACCCCGGGCAACCGUCUCGACCGGCGGGCUAAACCAGGUGAGGGCGGUUACUCCCUGUGCGCGUUGUGCCGCGUGCACAGGUGACUGCGGACUCCGUGGACGGUUGGUCGGAUGGAACACCGCGUCGGCGCCGUCGUGACGAGGCUCUGUCUGACACACCGCUGGUCAGCCGGUUGGUGGUGAAACGUCGCAUCGACAUCGUCUAGACGAGGCUCCGCCUGGUACGCCGUUGAUCAGCCGGUGGGAUGGAUCUCCGAAUUGGCACCGUCGACACGCGCCCAUCUGGUGCACCGUAGGAGACCGCAGGCUUGCGGCAAUGCCGUAAGCCAUUGGCAAAUUCGAGUCGUUCUUCCACUGCCAAAAAAACUCGUGGCCCACAGUGGAGUUCGGCCGCGCCGGCAUAUCAAGCAGCCCUUAUUCAGGGGUCAGGGCACUGCUUCCUUCGGGGGGGCCUGGAAAAGCUGGCCUAAAAAUUGCUGGGGAACCACGUCGUCUGCUGGCGCACCGUGGUCGCAGACGCAAAACUCACGGUCGAAACAAUCAAACUCGAAACAACAACAACAACCAUAUUCAUUCUCCUCAUCCUACCUCUUCUACCUCUACCUCCGUCUAUUCUUCUGCCUAUUCUUCUCCUUCGUCAUCUUCUUCUCCACCUCCUUCCCAUCGCCCCACUCGUUUUCCCCAGACUGACAGGGUGAGCCCGCUCACUCUGGCAGCCUGGAAUGUUCGUUCCCUUUUAGACAAUCCGAAGAGCAACCGACCGGAACGGAGGACGGCGCUAGUGGCACGAGAACUGGCGCGCUACAAGGUGGACAUCGCCGUACUCAGCGAGACCCGAUUCUCCGAACAAGGCCAACUGGAGGAGGUGGGUGCCGGUUAUACCUUCUUCUGGAGUGGCCGACCCAGGGCAGAGCGACGAGACGCGGGCGUCGCCUUCGCCAUCCGGACCGACAUCGUGGGACGACUGCCCUGUUUGCCGCAGGGCAUCAACGAUCGCCUGAUGAGCCUCCGCCUGCCUCUCUGGGGAGGCAAAUUCGCCACCAUCAUCAGCGCUUACGCUCCGACGACGACCAACCCCGACGCCGUCAGAGACAAAUUCUACGAGGACCUGCACGCCCUCUUGGCGACUGUGUCGAAGGCGGACAAGUUGAUUGUCCUUGGUGACUUCAACGCCCGCGUCGACACAGACCAUACUGCCUGGAGAGGAGUGCUGGGUCCCCACGGUCUCCGCGGCUCCAACGACAACGGCCUGCUUCUCCUCCGCACCUGCGCAGAACACCGUCUCACCCUGACGAAUACCUUCUUCUGUCUGCCGGUGCGAGAGAAGGC